GACAAGCUCUCUUCAGCCUUGCAGAAAAGUGAACAAUAAAUUGAAGCCUUCUCGAAUCCUAACCAUAUUACACUUUCUUCACUUUGAAUUGAAUCCAUAGUCUCUAUAUUAUCAAUUGGUCAGAUUUUACUCGUUACAGAUAUCCAAACAUACAAAAUGGCCGUAAAUAUCGCUCUAGAAACCACAAUGGGCACCAUAACCCUCGAACUCUACACCUCCCACGCGCCCAAAACCUGCACCAACUUCGAGACUCUGAUCCGGCGCGGCUACUACGACGGCAUAAUCUUCCACCGAAUCAUCCCAAACUUCAUGUUACAAACCGGGGAUCCCACCGGCACCGGACGCGGGGGCAGUUCCAUCUACGGCGAGAAAUUCGCAGACGAGCUAACGCCUCCGCCGGGAAGCAAUCUUCCGAGUCUAAAACACACGGGGGCGGGAAUAUUGUCGAUGGCGAAUUCGGGGCCGAAUACAAAUGGAUCGCAGUUUUUUAUUACGCUGGCGCCGACGCCGUGGUUGGAUGGGAAGCAUACGAUUUUUGGACGGGUGACGAGGGGCAUGGGGACGGUGAAGAGGAUGGGGCUUGUGAAGACGGGGGCGGAGGAUAGGCCGGUGGAGGAGGUGAGGAUUUUGCGGGGGAGGGUUUUGGAGGGGGAGGAGGGGCUGGGUGGGGAGUUGUAGAGGGAAGUGGGUGAGUUGUGAGACGGGUAUUGAUGGGGGAUAAUGGAGGGGGAAUUUA